AUGAUAUCUCUAAAGAUGCGUGGAUUCAUCCAAAUUUGGAGCCGGCAGACUGGGAUUACUAAAUUGAAAGAAGCUCUCAUUGAAACAGUGCAAAGAAAAAAGGAAAUUAAACUGGUGGUCACUUUCAAAUCUGGAAAAUUUAUAAGAAUUUUUCAGCUCAGUAAUAACAUUAGAAGUGUGGUUCUUAGACAUUGUAAAAAAAGAAAAAGUCACCUGCAUUUAACUUUGAAAAACAAUGUUUUCUUGUCUAUUGACAAAUUAUCCUACAGAGAUGCUAAACAGUUGAAUAUGUUCCUGGACAUCAUCCAUCGAAACAAAUUUCAACAACCCAUGAAACCUGAUGACGAUUGGAGUGUGUUCGAAAGUCGGAAUAUGCCGAAGGAAAUUGACAAAACUUCAUUUUACAACAUUUGUUACAAGCCAGGUUAUGAAAAAGGAGGCAAAACGCCUUUCCCUCAGAGGGUGCCUUUGUUUACGUCAAAAUCACCAACAUAUGUGAAAAAGGGAUUAUUAGAAAAUCAAGGUGGGAAGAGAAAAGACACACUAUCGUCUGACCUAGAGAUGAAUGAGGACAUUCUGAAGGACAUAUCAAACAAGAAAUAUAAGACAGAUUCCUUGAAGUAUAUACAAAGCUAUGGGAAUAAUCCAUCAAGUUUAGAGGACUCAGAAAAAGAUGGAAAUUUGGAACUUGAGCCUUCAUUCAACUCUAAUGGAAACCCUAACCUAGAUGAGACUCUUCUUGCAACCCAGAUUCUCGAGGCUGAAAAUGGUUUGACGUUUCCAUUAGAACCAGAGCACAGCCAGGAUGACCCAAGAUGCAACGAAGCCCAGGUGCCUCUUGACUCUCUUUCAGUGCAACUGCAGCAAGGCUUCCCCAACCUGGGAAACACCUGUUACAUGAAUGCAAUUUUACAAUCACUAUUUGCGAUUCCGUCUUUUGCUGAUGACUUACUCACUCAAGAUGUCCCAUGGGAAUAUAUUCCCUUUGAGGCUCUUCUUAUGACCUUGACCCAGCUGCUUGUUUUGAAAGAUUUCUGUAGUACAGAGAUCAAGAAAGAAUUACUUGGGAAUGUUAAAAAAGUCAUUUCGGCAGUUGCAGAAAUAUUUUCUGGCGACAUGCAGAAUGAUGCUCAUGAAUUUUUAGGUCAAUGUUUAGACCAGCUGAAAGAAGACAUGGAAAACUUAAAUGCCAUUUUGAAGACUGGGAAAGAACGUGGGGACGAAGAUUUAUCUUCACAAUUGCAUGUUGGUAAUGCUGCCACCAAAGUGUUUGUUUGUCCUGUUGUUGCUAAUUUUGAGUUUGAAUUGCAACUCUCCGUUAUUUGUAAAGCCUGUGGUCAUGCUGUUCUCAAGGUAGAACCUAAUAAUUAUCUCUCCAUCAACUUGCACCAAGACACAAAAUCACUUCCUAUGUCCAUUCAGAAUUCUUUAGAUCUUUUCUUUAGAGAAGAAGAGCUUGAGUAUAACUGUGAGAUGUGUAAGCACAAGAGUUGCGUUGCAAUGCACACACUUAGUAGGCUCUCCAGGGUCCUUAUCAUUCAUCUGAAGCGCUAUAGCUUCAACGAUGCCUGGUUGCUGGUGAAGAAUAAUGAGCAAGUUUAUAUUCCCAAAUAUUUAAGCUUAUCUUCUUAUUGCAAUGAAAGCACCAAACAACCUCUUCCCUUGAGCAGUAAUGCACCCGUGGGGAAAUGUGAAGUCCUGGAAGUCUCUCAGGAGAUGAUUUCUGAGGUCACCAGCCCAUUAACACCGUCCAUGAAGCCGACCUCAGCAUCCAGUGACUCCCUGGUUCUACCCAUGGAACCAGACAAGAAUGCUGACCUUCAAAGAUUCCAGAGAGACUGUGGAGAAGCAAGCCAAGAGCAGCAUCAGAGAGUCCUGGAAAAUGGCUCUGCACUAGAGUCAUUAUUGGUCAACUUUAGAGAUAGGGCAUUCGGUGAAAAUGAGUCUCCAGUGGCUGACUCACUGAUGGAUCAGGGAGACAUUUCUAUUCCUGUGAUCUGUGAAAAUGGUAGUAAACCGAUCAGCAGCCCAGACGCAAGGCUUCUCGACGGUCACCUUCAAGAGAUGCCUCAACAUCCAGAACUUCAGAAGUAUGAAAAAACCAAUACAUUUGUAGAGUUUGAUUUUGACCGUGUCACUGAGUCGACUGAUAGCUGUUAUAAGUGUAAAGAAAACAGGAUUCCGGAAGGAUAUCCAGGGAUGUCUGAACAGUAUCCUUGUAUUGGAUGUAUUGAGAAGAGCAUCAUAGAGGAACUUCUUCAGCAGGCACCACCUCCAGGUGUUAGGAAGCUGGAUGCCCAGGAACAUACAGAGGAGACCCUCAGUCCACCUACAGAAUUCAGACUUCAAAAGGCUGACCUGAAUCACCUGGGGGCAUUUGGUUCUGAUAACCCAGGAAACAAAGACAUUUUAGAUACAGAGAACACAAGAGACGAAGUCAAGGAACUGAUGAGAAACAUGAAGAUGGGGGAUCCUCUCCAGGCCUACAGACUCAUCAGUGUUGUCAGCCAUAUUGGGAACUCCCCAAAUUCAGGCCAUUACAUCAGCGAUGCAUAUGACUUUCAGAAGCAGGCCUGGUUCACAUACAAUGAUCUAUGUGUAUCAGAAAUCUCAGAGACCAAAAUGCAGGAGGCGAGGCUUCACUCUGGAUAUAUCUUCUUUUACAUGCACAAUGGGAUUUUUGAGGAGCUGUUAAGAAAGGCAGAGAACUCUCGGCUGCUUAGCACACAGGCAGAGGUGAUUCCUCAGGGGGAGUAA